GCCACUUCUUUCAAGCAGCUCUUAGAGCAUCUUUAGUGGAUGGUGUAAAUUUGGACGUGUAUAUCUCCAUAUACACGAUCAUAUACACCUUGCUAAAUUAUACACCUCGCAGUUUUUCACUGAAACGUGUAAAUUAGGAUGUAUAUAUUUCCAACGGCUAUAUUUUCAAACGGCUAUAUUUCCAACGGCUAUAUUUUUAAUGGCCAUAUUUCCGAUCUAUAUAAACCACCCCUACCACCUCUCUUCCAGCACACUUCUACCUGUGACUUCUCUUCUCACCUAGAUUUCUCUAUCGUUUCUCACGCAACACAAUGAACUCAUCCACUUGGGACAUGAGUUCUUCGUCAUCUUCAUCUGGCGACGAUGAACUCAUACUUGCAGCAUUCGCCGAGCGCGAGGAGCAAGAGAGGAAGAACGCUCGACGCCAUGGCGGUUCCAAGCAUGGACGUCAGUCAAUCGAUCGAGGAAGAGAUGCCGGAUUUGUUCUUCUGUGGGACGACUACUUCAAAGAGAUUCCUCGCUUUCCCGAACAUUUGUUUCGACGAAGAUUUAGGAUGUCGCGUACUUUGUUCAACCGCAUAGCUGAUGGUAUACUUGAGCAUGACUAUGAUGGUUUUUUUACACAAAAAAGAAGUGCUUCUGGAGCUCUUGGGUUACAUCCUCUGCAAAAGAUGACUGCGGCAAUGCGUAUGCUAACAUAUGGAUUAGCAGCUGAUGGUGUUGAUGAGUACAUCCGGUCCGCUGAGUUGACUAAUUUAGAGUCUUGCAAGAAAUUUGUGAUCAAAGUUUGUGAAGUUUUUGGGAAAAAGAACCUGAGAUCUCCAAAUGAAGAAGACAUUGCUAGGUUACUUGCAAUAGGGGAGGAAAGAGGAUUUCCUGGUAUGUUAGGGAGCAUAGAUUGCAUGCACUGAGGGUGGAAAAAUUGCCCCAAAAAUGGCAUGGCAUGUUUAAAGGCCAUGUG